AUGUUUGGAGAUGGCACUGGUAAUCAGCAGUAUUUGUUUAUAUUUUCGCAAGUGCAUCUGGGUUUCCGUUUGGCCGAGUUCGAGAGCAUUUGUUCUCUAUUCAAUAUUGCAUAUGACCGGUCAUCCCUGGAAACAAAGAAACAUGUCCUAGUUGUUGAGCUCGCUAGUGAUCACUGUGUUCAGCAGAUACUUUCUCGGUCUAUGCUGGUUCAUUCGGCAUUAAAGCUUUUUUCCUGUGCUGCAAACUACGACGAUCUGUCUUCGGACCUUCGAGAAAAAUCUACUUACUUGAAAAAAAUAGUUUCUGUUUUGCCACUAGAGGAGGCUCCUGUGGACUUAAAAAAUCCUUGUAAUGUUUUUACCAUAGUGGAAGAAUUGACGGGCGAAGUUUCAAAACAAAAAUUCCAGGCUGUUUAUUUUGGAAAGCUGAUCGGUUAUGGACAGUCGAAGCUGAAAAGCCGGUAUAACUUGACAGAUCGGUGUUAUAUUGGUAACACAACUAUGGAUCCCGAGCUAUCUUUUAUACAGGCAAAUCUGGUGAAAGCAAAUCGUGGUGCUUUUACUCUUGACCCUUUUUGUGGUACAGGAGGUUUGCUUCUUGCCGCUGCGCAUUUUGGUGCAUAUGUUUUUGGUACAGAAAUCAAUUACCAAAUAGCUCGAGCCUGCGGAAAAUCCUCUCGCGUAGGUGCAAAAUAUUUGGGGCCUCAUGAGUCUGUAGCUGGAAAUUUUUCACAAUACAAUCUAGAUGAGCAUUUUGUUUCACUUUUAAUUGCUGAUGCCAGUCGACACGAGUUAUGGCAUUUACCUAAAUCCGGUCUUUUUGAUUCCAUUGUUGCUGAUCCACCAUACGGUAUUCGAGAAAAAGGGAGUAAAGUUGGUAACAAGGAGAGGAAGGCUCAUUGGACGUUACCAGGCGCAACACAUGCUACACAUUUUCCAGAAAAGGCUAGAUAUAAAAUCUCUUCAGUAUUCUUAGACCUUGUUAAUCUUGCUGCAAAUGUUUUGGUCGUAAAUGGACGUCUUUCCUUCUGGUUUCCUGUGUUUGACGAAGAAUAUUCGGAAAAGGUCUUACCAAAGCACGAGGCAUUGAAGUUAGUAGCGGAUUGUAAGCAGCCACUUGCUGGUAGAUACUCCAGACACUUACUGGUAUACGAGAAAACCAGAAUCCCAGUGGAAGCAGAAAAAGCUUACUUCGAGGCUGACUGUUAUAGGGAAACGACAUUUAGAGAACGAGUUUUUUCAAAGAACACGUAUUAA